AUGUCAACACUCAGGAUAACCCGCUUUUCAGGGGAAACCAGGAGCACAGGAGCACAGAACUUAAGCCUCCAAGAACCCACCAGCAGGAUGCAAGAGGAACAUGGUUUAGGAAUAUUAAUGAUGAAGAUGACGGUGGACGAUCAGCCAAACAACAGGGGCAAGACUUCUUUUGCUGUGGGAGUAUGGGGAACACUGGAAAUUUAUGUGCGAAUGUGGGCACUGCCAGAAGGCAAUAAGAGAGCAGAGCUAUCUGCUAAAGUGGAAGCUGAUCGAAUGAAAGCAAAUGCAACAACAAAUUAUCCAGAAGGGUUGUGUUUUGCAGUUCUGGGCUCCUUUCACUUUGAGGCUGACAACACAACCGAAAGAAAAGCAAGGGAUGGCCACGUGUGUGAUGUGCGAUGUUGUCUGCGUUUAGCAAACAUUUGGACGGCAGGUUCUUUUCUACUUGACAUGAACCACGGCUCCAGAACUGGCACGACGUGUGGUGAUGUGUAUGUAAUUGCAGUUUUGGCCCUGUUGCGAUGUGUUCCCUCGACCAAACGCGUCAAUGCACAAUGGAUAUUUGCUGCUAGGUUGUCGCCAAUAACUGAAGAAGGUAUCCCUUGA